CUUUUCUGUCUUUACAACAAUGGGCUGCUGUAUAAACUCAAACUCAGAGUCAAAUCAACACGGUCAAGGAAUACCGGAUCCGACAUCGAAAAUUGCUACCAUAAUCCCCUUCGAGAGAAAACGACUUCAAGAGCCAGUUGGCACCCAAGCGACAACGGGAUGAACCGAAGUGGACUGAUUCGUAGAAUGACUGCAACAGCUCGAAGGGCAGCCGUGGCACACAACCCGGAUUGCAGGCCUGCUGGUAGAAGGGCCAGUGGCAAUGGCUCCUAUUUGCUCAUGGAAACCUGGUACUUAUCCUUCAGUUGGUUGUCCGUCUACUCCAUCUGGCCCUUCCUGCCCUGUUUACUCUCUCUCUCCUGGGUACAUGGCGACAUAGGUACGAACUACGGAGAGGUACUCCGUACCUUGGAGUGGGAUGUCUGCAAGGUGGAGGGCUUCCUUAUGAAGCUAGUAAUGAAUAGUACUAGGUACUAUAGGUACCUGGUUAGACUGGAAAGCAGUAAUGUCAGACCCAGGAUCGCUGUCUGCUGUACCGGAAAGACAGCCCUCCUUGAAGAACACCGCCUUCCGACUUGUAUAACUGUUGGUGGAUGUAAACACCGACCAGUCGGUAAGGUACCUACUGCUCUAUUCUUCCCAUAUUGGGGGUGGAGAAAUUAAAACUAGCAACCAGCGUUAGAAGAGUCAUUAUCGUCCCGCGUUCUUUAGGACUCACGGGCAAUGAGCUGUAUCGGUAUCUAUCUAUCUACCUACCUACCUACCUACCGUCCUGAGGACGGUCGGUGGGG